CAGCCGUCGCGAUGCCGUGCUGCCGCUGCCGCCGCCGCCGCCGCCGCCGCGCUGUCCCCUGCUCUCCCCUGUCCCCAGCCGCUGUUUAAAGGGCAGUCAGCGCUGCUGGUAGUGCUGAAUCAUCAUCGCUCGGUACGAGCGCCGCCGCGGACCCGCUGGGUCGCUCGAACCGCCUCGCUCUACCGACCAGCCGCUGAUUUCAUAAUAACACAGACAAAGGGGGCCAGACUGCCGGGUGGGCUGUCAAAGCUUAAAAACUAUGUGUCGGAAUUAGAGGACCGAGAAGGAGGGGGCGCUACUCUGCUCAGCCUGGGGAUUCCCUUGUUUUGAGGCUGAAACUAAAGGAGCGAGGGGUCGUCAUUGGCAGCUCGGAGCGGUAACUACACCUAACCUCAUUAGCGGAGAGGCGGCAGCAGCGGCGGACACAAGCUGGACACAUUCAGGUUUGCGCAGAAGAGCAAGGCUCUUGUGGCAUGACGACGACUAACAAAGGAAAUAAAGCCUUAAAGGUAAACGAAAGUAAUGUUUUCAUGUGUUUCCCACCCAAUUCUCAGCGUUGCUCUUGGUUCGAUCUGGUUUUUCACCGCCCGCCCUCGUGUUUCCUCCAGGUGAAGCGUGAGCCGGGCGAAAAUGGCACCAGCCUCACGGACGAGGAGCUGGUGACCAUGUCCGUGCGGGAGCUGAACCAGCACCUCCGGGGGCUCUCCAAGGAAGAGAUCCUGCAGCUCAAGCAGAGGAGACGCACCCUGAAGAACCGAGGCUACGCCGCCAGCUGCCGGGUCAAGCGGGUCACCCAGAAGGAGGAGCUGGAGAAGCAGAAGGCGCAGCUGCAGCAGGAGGUGGACAAACUGGCCAACGAGAACGCGUCCAUGCGCAUCGAGCUGGACGCUCUGAGGUCCAAGUACGAAGCCUUGCAGACCUUCGCCAGGACUGUGGCGCGGAGCCCCACCGUCGGGGUCGGGGUGAGGGCCGGGGGCGGUGGGGGCGGAGGGGUGCCGUCGUCGGUCAUCGGCCCGCUCAUACCGGGGAAGGUGGCGACGGCGACGAGUGUCAUCACAAUAGUCAAGUCAAAGACGGACGCGCGGUCUUGAGGGGAAGAAGGCUGGAGGAGGGUGUGACAGGAUGGAGCUCAGCCGCAUCAGAGUAAGCCUGCCUCUCUAUCGCCCCCCUCUCCUCCACCUGCACCGACUCCCAGCAGCUGGGCGGCACCACCCGGACCACUCCGACGUGUUCCCAUCGUCCGUCUCAGAUCAGUGCAGAUGAAGGACAAGAUGGAGGCAGAGGAUAUUUUAUUGGCUCACAAAGAAGCUUCCAGUCAGAGUUUGAUCAUCCAGAACUGGAUGAACACACAGAGUCCCUUUGGCUAAAAUAUGGAUUACGAAUGUCAGAGAAUUGGAGAACUUGAUCUAGAGUCACGUAUUUAAACCUGAAAGUGAUCAUAUUGGGAAAACACUAGAAAAACCUGCGGGAAUUGCGUUUGAAUCAUGUCAAGUUUCUAGUGUUGAGUUUAAAUAAAAAGGUUGAAAUCUGAAACAGAGAUGCACCUAUCAGGCUUUUCCUGGCAAUAUGAUUUCUGGUUUUGAAAGAUUACGAUUAUUAUUAUUAUUAUUUUUUUUUUUACUGCAGGUUCAUUAAUAGACUUUUGGAUCCAGAUUAAAAUCAAAGUAUUAAAAAAUUACCCCUAUUUAGGCAUCACAGCAUAUGAUACUGGCCUCUAUCUGAUUAUUAAAACCCCCUGAAAGGCAGUCAAAUUCAUGCAACUAAUAGAAAAUAGUUGGAAUUGAUAGAUUUGAUGCAUUUAUAAAAUAGAGAUGAAAAUCUGCAUUUUCGGUAUUUUACCUGCAGAUUUCAAAUCAGAGCCAAUCAAGUAAUAAAUUGGCCAAUUCUGAUCUCUAACCGUGUUGGUUUGGUGCAUCUUUGAUUAAAAAUUAGGUACAUCAAUUGAAAACCCCAAGCUGUACAUCAGCUAUGUCUGAGAAUAAUUAUAAAAGAAAAAAGUGACGUGCUGAUUUCAGUGACUGCACAGAAGCCCAGUUUUGUUUCACCCAAGAACUUUUGCAGAAAAGUACUAAUGGAAAAAUCUAUAAUAUACGAUGGUGGUAACUGUAUUUCUACUGUUUUGUACCGUGUUGUCAUUCACAUGAGGUCCAAGGUGUAUUCUCUGUGUGUGAAAUGUUAUAUAUCAGGAAUUCUGUGAAAUUCUGUGGCGAGUGUUUGUUCUGGUAUCGCUAUGUUUAGUUAGCUGUGUUCUUUUCUAUGGUCUUUCGCUCUUUCUCCCUCCUGUUUUCCUUUUUCAAGAGCAAGUGGCUUCCAGUAUUACAUAUCGUACUUCCAACAUUUGUCAGUAGUAUGAGGAUGCUGCAGAGCAAUUCGUACUUAACAAAAAUAGAAAGAGGCAAAUGCACAAUAGCCUGUUGAAGAAAAUGUGAAAACAACUUUGGUUUGUGAGAUUUUUCUAGAAAAAUAUGUUCAAUACAGAAAAAAAGAUUGGAAGGGCAAGUGCUUUGGUCUUAUAAUGAUAUGCACCAAGAAGAAAGUCAAGAGGAACUGAGGGAGGAUGCUAGGAUUCAAUGCAGAUAUAACGAUGUACCUAAUGGCAUAUCUGCUGACCAAUCAGGAAUCAGACAGUAUUUACAGGUCGGGACGCAUUUAUUGGCACUCCUGGUAAAAAUGUGCAAAGAAAAUGUUCACAUUUUUGUUGAAGUAGCAUAAUCUCAAACUUAUAAGAAUUAGUGAGAGGGGAUAAAACUCAACAAUGUGGCCCAGUCUCUUCAAUUUGUUUCCCUUGGUGUGUGGGGAAUUUUAACUUGAAAUUCAAAACUUUCUGGUUUUUUGGGGUAUAAAUAUGAUGUGACAAAGAUCCAUUUCUAUUAGCCAUGUUAAUGUUGCCGCCACAUGCAAUAAGUCUUUCAAGUUUAAGGUUUACUCUUAAAAAAAGUGGCAUCAUUGGGUCACCAAGUAUCCAUGGCAACAAUUGGACACUUUCUACAUCCACAUGUGGAGUUUAUUGAACCCAAAUGGGAGUUUAACUGGAACCGCUGGAAAGCUUAAAGUGAGAUGGAUCUUUCCAGCAGUAAUUGUUUUAAGAGAAGACUAAGAGAAAAGAAAAUCUGUCCUAUUGGCAAAAACUGGGUUGUACAGAGUGUCAACAGCAGGGUUAUCAAUAAUUGUGAACCAUUGGUUGUUCAAAACAAUUAUUUAUUAACAGGUUGUUUUUUUUCUGUACCGGAUGAAUGCUCUCAAAUUACAAGUAGGAUUUUCUUUUUCCCAGUAAGAGAUUAUUAUGCUGCAAUAAAAGUUGAGUUUAUUUGAAUGCUUUUUCUCAGAUUUAUAUUCAUUUAUUUAAAAUGAAUGAAGAAAUACAUCAAAUACUAAUUUCCAUCGUGUUAUUGUAAGUUGAUGUCGACACAUAAUAAUUUGCUGACACAUCUUUACCAGGAACACCAAUAAUUGUGGCUGGCACUUUGGUUUGCUGUGCACUGCUUCAGAUUUGUUGUCAUCAUCAGAUUCACAUAUUAAUGAGACUCAUUAAUGCGAGUGUCAGGUUCAUUAAAAACAGGCUCACUCCUAUUUAAUUUUCACCAGGAUGGUCAGAUCCGAGGAGGUCGGCUGACUUGUUGAACGAGCUUUUUUGUUUUCUUCCAGUCACACUACCAGGUUGUUAUUUUUCUCCCAGGCUUUUACCACAAGCGUAGUCCUCCGUGGUGUUCUGUACUCAAAGAGUCUAUGUAUAGUGGAGUCUGUAAUUUUAUAAAGACAAUUAUCUUUGCAUUGUUUGUAACAACUUGUAAAAAAAAAAAAAAAAAAUAGAAAAAAAAGGGUAUCACAAAAUCCGUUUGAUAUACAGUAAUCUCUCUAUUUUGCAAUUGUACCAAAAGUGGCUUAACUACUGAAUAGCUUUGUUUAUUUUUCCUCUAGUGAUUAGGCACGUGUGUGUAACGGUGGACUAGCGUGUGGCGUGCUGUGUAGGUAUGUAACGAGGUGACUACUAGCUAUUUCGUUGGUUAUGAUUUUGAUCUGUUUUAGAUUUCAGCCCAAACGUGGACGAUGACGUUGUGUGUAUCUGCACUCUUUCUCCGAUCGUGUACUCUUUCGCAACCCCACGUCGUUCGGCUCCCACGCCGCAGACCUGCGAGGUCAUUUGUUGAACUGCACUUACAAAGAGUGAAUUUGAACAAGUUCGCUUGUUUGACAGAUUUCUGAGCAGGACGUUGUGGCUGCUUUUGCUUUUGGCCAGUUGCUAUGUUCAGUUCCUGUUGCUUUUGGGAUGAAAAUACAGAAGAGGCUUUAACGAUAUUGUCUCUUCGAGUUAAGCUAGCAGAAAAGUGAAACCUGGUGAUAGAGGCUCUCUGGCUGCAUCAAACUCACUCCUUCAGUAAGUUAUUUUUGUACUGUGUGAAUAAGGCACUCUGUUUUUCUCUGUAUAUUUUAUGUAUAUUUAAUGUUGUCCUUGUGUUAGCUUUUGAAGAUCUUCUGGAAGGGUCAGGGAAGUUAAAUGAUAUUUGUAAGUGUAUACGAUGUUUUAUAAAGUAAAAAACAAACAAACUAUAUUAUGCUAUUGAAUGGUCUGUCUGCCAGGGCGAGGUUGACCUUUUUAACCUGGUUUUAAAGAUUUCUUUCAAUGUCUUGCAAACAACUUACUGAGUUUAAACCAUCAGGCUUCAGUGGCCAAAUCCAAUUUCCAAUAUUUCCGUGUUCCUACUUGCUAAUUGUAAGCUGUUGUUUUGUUUUGAUUUGUCUUGUCAGGACUGGAAAGCAUAAAGACUAAAAUGGGUUUAUAGAAAGAAAGGAAAUUUAACGGAUUUAUAUUCUCAUUCAUUAUUCAAAUAGUUUGUCCCUAACCUUUCUCUGAUGAUUGCUAAACCCAAAACCUGCAUCAAGUGUCUCAAGCAAUUCCACUCUGAUAUUAUAAUGAAAUGAAAACAACUUAAAAGAUUAUAACCGGUUCUAAAUAUUACAGAUGCACCGAUCAGGCCUCAGUUUCAAAUUUUUGUUGAAACGUUUGAGGAGAUUUGUGUGUGUGUUUUGUUUUUGCUGAUUUGGAGGGAUUUUUUGAAAUGUAACGUAACAUAACAUGAUCUGUAACAUUGAGUUCACAGAAAACAAAAGAAGCAUAUAUGUCCCCAACUCUUAGCAAAAAGGGAAUCAGAAAACCUGUUUGGUCUUAAUGCAGUUACGGUCCUCCGAAAAGGUGGGGAUUUUCAAAUGCUGAUGCAUUUAACAAACAGGAAAACCUAUUUUCUCCCGUUUUUUUAACAACCAAAUAACAGAGUGAAGGAGAAACCGACUAAUCGAUUGGUGCAUUUCUAACAAUGAUGAGUCUUUUUAUCUGAACUGCUACAACUCCCUGCAGAAAGGUUAGCAAGCAUGGCACCACCUUUAAGAAUAUAUUGUAAAUUUAAUUUAAACGGUGAGCAAAAACUAAGCAGUUUCUACAGGAUUUUAACUGUUUUCAACAAUUUACUCUGUGACAAAACGGCUCCAAAUUUUAUUGAAUUGAUCCGUAGCCUAUUCAGAGGAAUCGAGCUACAUCCAGAUUUCAACAUCAUGCUGGAAUUUUCAUUGGAAAAACAAAAGCAUUAGUAUGUAUCAGCUCAAUCGGUGACAACCUAUUUUCUCUCUGUCAAUCUGAUGUAUUCCGUUGUUUUUCUGUUAAACCUAGAGAUUUCUCUUUUCCACUGGAGAGUUUACUGCUGUCUGUGCCUCUGUCAACCUGCGUUUCAUCCCACUCUGCGCUGGCGUCAGCUUGUGAAGGAUCCGGUCUGUACAAGCAUGAAUGUGUUAAACCAAAACUUAUUAUGCAAACGGUGUAGGGUAAAAUUAAAACUCCUGCCUCAGAAGAGGAGUGAUGCUAUCAUGCCUGUGGUUUUUAUUUUGUUUUUUGUUUUGUUUUGUUUUUUUUGUCUAGCUGUUUGUUUUAUAAUUGCAGGUGCAAGGUGAUGUGACGAGGUUAAAAAGCAUUUUGUAAGCGAUAAUGAAAACCGAUGUGGGCUUGUCGUUGUUUAAUUGCGGCUGAGAGUGUUGUGGCGUCUUCUCAGUUUUUCCUAAAAGUGAACUGUGACAUUUCCGAUGAUAAAAUCUCUUUAAUUUCUUUCCAAAUGAGAGGAUGGCGUAAAAUAAGCUUUGACACGUGGCUCCCUUCACAUCUAUUGGCACCACUGGUAAAAAAUAUGCGAAAGGAAAAACAACAAUGAUCUAAUCUCAUCUUUAAAAAUCCAACCUUUAAUCUGAGUGCCUUAAUUAAAGGAGCUUCCUCUGGUAAUCACUGACGUCCUGUUACCUUGGGUCAUAAAAAUUAUGUGAUUUUUCUUAUCCAUGCUUCAAAAUGGGAAAGACAAGAAAACAUGCCAUUUAAAAAGGGAAGACAUGUCUAUAAGUCAGAAAAUGUUUAGUAGAAAAAAGGGCUACCUGUCCAAGUCUACACUCAGAGAAUACAUUUUCAGUGCUGUGAAAAAGUAUGUGCACCCAGUUUGACUAGCCACAGCCAGGGCCGAUUACUGCUGGACUUGUAAAAGCAGAAAAGUUCUUAAAUAAACUGAUCUCCGGUGUCAAAUAAGACAGGAAACUUAAAGACUCGAUUUGAAACAAAGUCUUUGACAUCUCUCUGUCUGGAAAGCUUUAUAAAACCCAAAACCGAAGCACACCAGCAAGUCCACCUCUGAACAGUUCCAAACACAUCCAUCCAUCCAUUUUCUGUCCUCCCUUGUCCCUAAUGAGAUCGGGAGGGUUGCUGGUGUCUAUCUCCAGCUACGUUCUGGGCGAGAGGCAGGGUUCACCCUGGACAGGUCGCCAGUCUGUCGCAGGGCACAGUUCCAAACCAACUAAGUCAAUGUUUUGAAGUGGCCUAGUCAAAGUCCAGCCUUACGUCAUUGAGAAGCUCGAGGUCAACCGAGCCUGUUCAUGCUUCCACCACGCAGGACACAACCUUUUGUCAGCUUGAGAGUGUAAUUUUCUGCAAACUUGUUUGCAUAGCCCAGGUUGUUUUGUUUGAUUACAUUCAUUUAAUGAUCUGAAACAUUUGAUACAAACCCAAAUGUUAGAGCCAUGAAUAGGAAAUAUUGACGUUUUUUUGUUCAGGCCAUUUUAAUUCUGAAAUUUAGUUUUAUUUUGAAAGGCUUACUUCCUGUCGGACCGUAUAUUGUAUUGAAAAAAACAUUGACGGAUUGCAUAGACACGGACGGAUGACCUAGACACAGUUUUUGACCGUGUAGGCUGUAUAGUUUUUUGUACAACAACAACAAAAAAAGGAAUUGUAAAACGGAUUUAUCGUCAUUUUUGUAUUAGCACCUUUUUACAGAUAAAGAUUUUUUUUUUUUCUAAAUUCACGGUUUGCACGCGUCCUUUAUCCAGUGUCUAAGGAAUGACAAAUCUUGGAUCUGUUGCCAUAUAAAUUAAUCAGGGGUGUAACUGAAACUGUGGCAAACAAGGCUAGACAAGGAAGCAAGAGGGAACGCGGUAAAGGAGGUGGAGAAACAAAAAAAAAAAAAAAAUUAUCCACAAAAAUCAUUAACAUUACAUCUUAUAAUACCGCUUUUUACACACUUUUACCAUGGGUGCCAAUAAUUGCACUGGAGCUUCUCCUGGGGAAGAUGAAACAUGUCUUCCAGAUGUGGAUUUCUAGUGAAGCAGUGCGUGGCCUCUUUGAUCCACGGUGUCAAACAUUACAGAGGUUUAAUCCUGAUUCCCCCUCAGCAGACGCGGUCAGCUGACAGCGCCGACCUUCAGCCGUACGAGCAGAGCGCAGGCGGCGUGGUUUCUUUUCUUUUCGUAACAGAGUUUACGACCUGUGAGACACGCCAGCCUUGUUUUCCGCUGCACGUACAGAGGUCACAACCUUCUUACGAUAAGGCAUUUCAUCGCUAACCAGAGAAACCGCUCAUACUUGAACCCAUAAAUAAUUUACAGAGGCUGGAAAGAGGCGGUGGCGACACAUCUGAUAACACUCCUAAACCGCCUCACUCGCUCUGGCCUCCUUUCAAAGAAGGCAGCGCGAGUCAAAUCGGCGGCCUACCAAGCCCUUCCUCAAAACAUCCAUUUCUUCUGGAAUCAUUAACUCCUUAUCUCGCUGCUUGGCCAAUCAGCGAGCACUCGUUCAGAUGUUUUUCCUGCCUACUGAAUCACGCCACUGGACUCUAAAAGCCCUUUCACCCACCGCAAAAUCCAGAUCGAUAAAAGUAAAUGAACCGAGGAUUCCUUUGAUCGUUCGUUUGGCUUUUUCAUCAAUAACGAUGUUUGUUUAGCCUCCUGACUUACCUCAUCUGCUGUUGUGUCUUUCUCCCCGCUGUCCCACAUCAUCACUUGUACAAUGUCCAACCAAAACUUCUUUUCUCUCUCUCUCUCUCUCUCUCUCUCUCCCUCUCUCUGUUUCUCUCUCUCUCUUUUUAACACAUUCACUUAUUUUAGCCUUGAUAUCAGCUUCUUUUCCUAUUUAUCACUCAUCUAUGGUUAAGCGAGGUUGCUCAUUGGAGCCGGGAUGUUUCAAUGUCUCCAAAAGUAUACGAUCAUAUGUUUAAAGCUAUACAGCAGUAGUGAGUUUGUGUGAAUAUGGCGUAAUGUAUUCAGAAAAGCCCUUGUGAUGAGAAGCUCUGUGUUUUGUAAUAUUUCUGUAUGGGGUGUAAUAAAUUAUUCUGCGGUACAACGGUACUUUCUAUGGGAAAAAAAAAACCUUCAAAUGUGACGGUCUUUGUAAGUAUUUAUCUCCAACUAAAUUAUUGUACUUUUCUUUUUCUUUGCAAUUUGUAGAUAGAUAUGAUGACAAGGUAUUGGUAAUAAUGAAAGUGAACUGUUUCAUCAUCAGUCCGACGCAUCUUAUUGAUGUAAAUACUGUAUGUUUGUUGAUAAACAGCUUACUUUAUUUUGUAUAUGACCAAUAAACAUGUUUUAAAAUGCAUUAAGGGGUUUGUG